AUGCCGCCGCAAAUCAAGACCGACUUGAAUCGAUCCGGUUGGGAGACUACUGACUUCCCGUCCGUCUGCGAGAAAUGCCUCCCGGAUAGCCAAUAUGUGCAGAUGCUGAAGGAGGACUACGGCGCAGAAUGCAAGAUCUGCACGCGACCCUUCACCAUCUUCCGUUGGAAAGCCGACCGAACCGCGCGACAGAAGCGAACCAACAUCUGCCUCACAUGCGCCCGCCUCAAGAACUGCUGUCAGCACUGCAUGCUCGAUUUGUCAUUCGGUCUGCCUAUCGUAGUUCGUGAUGCGGCGCUGAAGAUGGUAGCGCCCGGCCCACAGAGCGACAUCAACAGACAGUACUAUGCGCAGGAGCACGAGAGAGAGAUCGAGGAGGGACGAGGAGCGAUGGAGGCAUAUGAGAAGACGGAUGAGAAGGCGCGCGACUUGCUUAAGCGUUUGGCUCAGAGUGAACCCUACUACAAGAAACAGCGACGGAUAGAGGCCGAAGAGGGCGAGAGCAGUCAAAAGGCAUUACCAGCGCCGGGCGGAGGUGGCGCAGGAGGCGAGAGUAGCCACGUUCCUGGCCCGAUCAGAACACGAGAUUCGCGAGGUACACCUGCUCGAGGAGGCAUGAGGCCUGGAAGGGGAGGUCGCAUGGGCGGCGCAUCCGCAGAGCCAAACCCACAAGACUGGCUGCCACCUUCAGACCCCAACGUCGCAUCGCUUUUCGUCACGGGUGUGGAAGACGACCUUCCCGAACACGAGCUCCGCAAGCACUUCACACAAUACGGUCAACUUCGGUCGCUAGUAUGCUCACAUCGAGCGCAUUGCGCAUACGUCAACUUCGUCAAGCGCGAGGAUGCCGAGACAGCGGCGGGGACACUCAAGGGCAAGGUGGUCAUCAAGGGUUGCCCUAUGCGCGUGACCUGGGGCAAGCCGAAGCAGCUGGACAGUUUGGACCAGAAUGUUAGAAUGCAAUACGCAAAGGAAGGACGACAAGCAGCGGGCUCAUCGCGACGGGCGGCUGCUUCUCAAGCUGCCAUUGAGGCGGCACCACAGAACAACCUGGAUAGCAUGGUUGUUGCUCCACCUCCAGGAGCAGACGACGAUGUUCAGUACGCCAGUUUGGCUGGCAACUAG